ACGUGCGUCACUGGGGAGGCCGGGCUGCUCGCCCGCAAAGUUGACGAGUCGCUUAGCAACCGGAGGCUUACCUUUGGAAGCUUGUUGCUGCUCCGGCCGCGGCCCUGCCCUCUUCCCGCCCCUCCCCUCCCCUCAACUCCGCUCACCUAGGAGCUGCCAAACACCUGGGUCAACCUGGGCACUACGAGGGGUGGAAUCUCUACCAUUAACGCGCCUUUUUACAUUUUUUUCCGACUUCCUGUUCACAUCCGUAAAACCCACUGAUUCUUUUACUACACUUUUUUAUGAGAACAAGACAUUUUCUAGGAAGAUGGUGGCAGAAAAAGAGACCCUGAGCUUAAACAAAUGCCCAGACAAGAUGCCGAAGAGGACCAAGCUGCUGGCACAACAGCCGCUCGCGGUGCACCAGCCUCACUCCCUGGUUUCUGAGGGCUUCACAGUCAAAGCCAUGAUGAAAAACUCAGUCGUGAGAGGCCCUCCAGCUGCAGGAGCAUUUAAAGAAAGACCAACCAAGCCCACAGCAUUUCGAAAAUUCUAUGAGCGAGGUGACUUCCCAAUUGCCCUUGAGCAGGAUUCGAAAGGAAACAAAAUAGCCUGGAAGGUAGAAAUUGAGAAGCUGGAUUACCAUCAUUAUCUGCCUCUGUUUUUUGAUGGGCUUUGUGAAAUGACAUUUCCCUAUGAGUUUUUUGCUCGGCAAGGAAUCCACGACAUGCUGGAACACGGGGGGAACAAGAUUCUACCUGUCAUUCCACAGCUCAUUAUCCCGAUAAAAAAUGCCUUGAACCUUCGAAACCGACAGGUCAUCUGUGUCACUCUCAAAGUCCUCCAGCAUCUGGUUGUGUCAGCGGAGAUGGUGGGCGAGGCUUUGGUGCCCUAUUACCGUCAAAUUCUCCCCGUCCUGAACAUCUUUAAGAAUAUGAAUGUUAACUCUGGAGACGGCAUCGACUACAGCCAGCAGAAGAGGGAGAACAUCGGCGACUUGAUCCAGGAGACGCUGGAGGCCCUCGAGCGCUACGGAGGAGAAGACGCCUUCAUCAACAUUAAGUACAUGGUGCCAACCUACGAGUCGUGCUUGCUAAACUAACGGUGGGAGCAGCUGGGAUGUGAGGAAGGCCUCCCUCGGUGUUGUGAUCCUCUGUCUCUGCUGCUUUUAGCAUCUCAUUCCUUGUGACUUCUACAGCUUUCUUUUCUACAGCUGCUAAAAUAGUGGCUUAUGGGCCAUUGGACUGUUAGCCCUAUUGAGAACGAGGCUUUCCAAUACAUAAAUAGUGCCUGUUUCUUAGAUUACAAUAGUGUACUGUGCUUAUUUGUUCUACGAGAAGAAUUGCUUCUUUAUCCAGCUCUGACAGAAGCAGGAGUCCGAGUUAAACCUUCAGUUGUAUAGACAAUAAAACUAUAAUUUUCAUACGCAAUUCAGCAAUUGCUGUUCUGUGUCUGCCUGCCCUGAGGGUGAUGUCAGAGGUUGUAAGGGAAGAGUUUAUGCUGACUGCUUAAUAGGUGUUUUUCAUGGAAGAGAAGAGACGCAUCAGUUCAGCAGUGACUCCCUAGCAGCUGUGUGCUUUGACAUUCAAUAAAACUGUUGAAUCUA